AUGGUUGGGAUUGAGAUUCUGAGGCUCUACGUAGCCACAGAAGCAAUCCUCAUUGCGCUUGUCGGGGCAACACCUCCCUACCACUGGGACCUUGAAGAGCUCUCAGCUAAUCAAAGCCAUAGCAACCAGUCAACUAGUGAAGGAAGAGCCUUUGGGGAAUGGCUCCUGAGAGCCAAUGGGAGCGAAGUUCAUAAGCACGUACACUUCAGCAGCAGCUUCACAUCCAUAGCCUCAGAGUGGUUUUUAAUUGGCAAUACAUCAUACAAAGUCAGUGCUGCCAGUUCGUUUUUCUUCAGUGGUGUGUUCGUCGGAGUGAUCUCUUUUGGCCAGCUCUCAGAUCGUUUUGGGAGGAGAAAAGUCUAUCUCACAGGCUUUGCCCUCGACAUCGUCUUUGCCAUUGCAAAUGGAUUCUCUCCCUCAUAUGAAUUCUUUGCAGUCUCUCGCUUCCUGGUGGGAGUGAUGAAUGGAGGGAUGUCACUUGUGGCCUUUGUUCUGCUGAAUGAAUGUGUGGGCACAGCCUACUGGGCCUUAGCAGGAUCGAUUGGUGGCCUGUUCUUUGCAGUGGGAAUUGCCCAAUAUGCUUUAUUAGGGUACUUCAUCCGUUCUUGGAGGACUCUAGCCAUUGUGGUUAACUUGGAGGGAACAGUAGUCUUUCUUCUAUCUCUAUUCAUUCCUGAAUCCCCCCGCUGGUUGUAUUCACAAGGCCGACUGAAUGAAGCAGAAGAUGCCCUCUACCUCAUUGCAAAGAGGAACUGCAAGCAGAAGUGUACUUUUUCAUUAAAGCUCCCAGCUGACAGGAACCACAGAGAGGCUGGAAGUUUUUUGGACCUAUUCCGAUACAGGAUCCUCUUGGGACGCACUUUAAUCAUGAUGUUCAUCUGGUUUGUGUGCAGCUUGGUUUACUAUGGUCUCACCCUCAAUGCAGGUGACUUAGGUGGAAGUAUUUAUACCAACUUGGCCUUAUCUGGUCUCAUAGAGAUACCUGCCUACCCAAUCUGCAUCUACUUGAUUAACCAAAAGUGGUUUGGUCGGAAGCGAACAUUGGCAGCAUUCCUGUUCCUGGGAGGGCUGGCCUGUCUUAUUGUCAUGUUUCUCCCAGAAAAGAAAGACACGGGAGUGUUUGCAGUUGUGAACAGCCGUUCAUUGUCUUUACUGGGAAAACUGACAAUCAGUGCAGCAUUUAACAUUGUUUAUAUCUACACAUCAGAACUUUAUCCUACAGUAAUCAGGAAUGUUGGAAUGGGUGCCUGCUCCAUGUUUUCCCGAGUUGGUGGGAUUAUUGCUCCUUUUGUCCCUUCACUGAAAUCUGUACAGUGGUCUCUGCCAUAUAUUGUGUUUGGAGUUACUGGCCUUCUCUCUGGGCUCCUGAGUUUAUUGUUGCCAGAAACACUGAACAGCCCUUUGCUAGAGACAAUAUCAGACCUGCAGGUGUGCUCAUAUUGGAGACUCGGGGAAGAAGCCAUGUCACUACAAGCACUAGAUGGCUCGCAGUCUGGAGACAGAGACAGCUCUGCAGGAAGUGGAAGUGAGGAUGAGGAGUUUUACGAUGCUGAUGAAGAGACCCAGAUGAUCAAGUAACAAGAAGAAAUGCUCAUUUUUAUGCCUACUUUACUUGUCCAGCCAUGUCUGCCUGUAAGAAUUUAAAAAGUGAAAAAAAGGACCAUCUGCAGAUGGAUGUAACAGGGCAAGUGCCUCUGCUUUAGAAGAGUUAGAGUACUGUUCAAAUUCAUUACAUUUGUUUGAUUGGUGACUACUGCUGAUUUUUUUUUCUUCUCACACAUGAGAAACGGUUAAAUUUUUGUGGCUCAGAAGUAUGAUUGCAAGCCAAGUCUGAGCACAGAGGUGGUGGCAUAAGGUAUUUCUGAAACUUGAAGCAUUUGAGAACUGAUCCACCUUUUGGGAAGAUUGCCACUUCACCUGUUCCUAUUUUUUUUCAAAGUGAGUUCAUGUUUUUUCAAGGUGAGCUCGUCUGAACCAACUUAAAUCCAUAAACUUGAAAGCUGUCACUAGAUAUUUUUCAGAUGGAUAAAACCUAGAGGAUUUAACUGGCCACAGAAGGCUCUCUGUGCCAGCCCAAGGGGAACAGAUUUCUGACACCCUGCACGUUAAGGUGCCUACAGCACAGUGGGGACAUUGAGCUGAUGGAAUCUGUGCAUGUUCCACAUACACACAAAGUCACGGAGUUCCAGUCUGGAAGAUGUGGUGCUGUGGGAUGGGGUAUACCAACAGCUGACAGCCUAUAUUUAGUUGUGGUAGGUGGAGCACUAGAGGAACCAUUGAAGGUUGAAAGGACCAGCAAAUUAGAAUAGGCAAAAAACUUUAAGGGAACAGAAGUCCUCCUUAACGCUGAUCUAUUCUCCCUGCAUCUGUCUCCUGAAUCUUUCUUUCCUAUUCUUUUGGCUGUUACACACACACACACACAUUUGCCAUGUCUGUCUAGUCUUAGGACAUCUCUGACCUUCAGUUGCAUGUGUUACUUUUGCUGCUUUUGCCUUGUCUCCACUUUGCUGUGUAAAUUUGAAGGAGUGUGACUUGUUUUUCCAUUGCAUUUAGUGAAUGUCUUUGGGGUGGUAAUUUAAUUGUGAGGGCACAGUUUAACUAGCUGUUGUGUUACUGUGGUCUGUCUAUGAUUAUAGCUGGGGGAAAAUGACCUCUACAGUGGCACAAGGAACUGUAGUUGCUGCCUCUGCAGACUGCUGCUAGUAUCUUGUAGGUUAUUUGAAGAAGGCUGCUAGUAUUUAUUUUAAAGUUUUGUGUACAGGUAAAGUUCUUUGGAAGUGGCUUGUGCCAACAUUCAGUUGGUUACAUGACCUUGCUGAGGGAAAACUAUUCUCUUUUUACGGUGAUUUUAAAAGUGCUUUAUUAAAAAUGUUGAGUGUCUGAAGUGUUGCCAACUAAUAAGAUGAAGUCUUUGUGUAACAGUUCAGCAUUCCUGGAGAGUUGAUUUUUAUGUAAUUCUUGGCAGUUGCUGGAUCAGAUUUCAUAUUAAAGUGACUGCAAAGAAUGUGUAAGGGGGGCUGGUUAUUCUUUGGAAUAUAGCACUGGAUCAGGCAAUUGGGAAGAAGGGGCAGUUACUGAACCUAUUGAAGAGUUAAACUCAAGCAAUACUAAAUCAGACUAAUACUUAAAAAAAAAAAAAAAAAACAGCUUGAAGUUUGCCUGAUCAGAACCUGUAAAAUGGAACUUACUACAGUCAUCCCUAUCUUGAGAGUAGAUGGCGGUCUCCAAACAUUCCUGGUUCCGGCAUAUAAUGCUUCAUUGUGGUCUGAACAGA